GUCAGUUGUGUUUUCUGUAAUCAGUGUUUACUAUAAUAAACAAACUCUUCUUCUUUACUCAGUAAUGGUAUACUGGAAUUUGCCCCUGUCAGUAAGAACUAGUACUGACUACAGAGUCAGCACUCAGCAGAGUCACAGAAUACAUUAACCCUAACUGAGUACAGUACAACAAACGUAGAGUAUAGUGUACCUACUCUACUCCACGUUUGUCAUUUUGUUGUUGUUGUUGUUGUUGUUGUUGCGUUAUUCUUCAUUUCAAUAUUAAUGUUAAUGUUAGGUACUGAAGGACAAUGGAUAUCAAUAAAUGUAGAUUAUGUUUAAAAACAGCUAACUCAUUAAUAACUAUAUUUGAUGGCGCGUACUCGAAAUCUAUACUAUCUUCCAAAAUAAUGAAUUUAACAAAUGUUGAAAUAUAUCCUAACGACGGCCUGCCUUCUUCAAUAUGUGUGAUUUGUAACCAAAAAUUAGACGAAUGUAUUCAAUUUAUAAAUCUUUGCAAAAAAUCUGAUUUUGAUUUGAGAAAAAAGUCUAAUUACACGUCAGUGGAAGAAAGCGAUACAAUUAAAGUAAAUGAAAAUGCCAAUAUUGAGAGAGAGUUGUCUAAAGAAUUCCAAUGUAAAGACCGAAUUACAGUAGAGGAUUGUUGCACAAAAUUAUAUGAACAGAAAAGGCUUGCUCAAAAACAACAAUGUUUCACUUGUGGAAAAAUUAUGUCAUCAAGGUUUCGACUCAAAACUCAUCUAGCUACACACUUAAAAGAUAAGCAACAUUCGUGUACAUAUUGCAAGAAACAAUUUACCAUAGUUGAAAAUUUAAAUGCACAUUUGAGAAUUCAUACGGGAGAGAAACCAUAUCACUGUGCAACCUGUGGGGAAACCUUUGCACAAUCUUCAGGGUUAAUUGUACAUAAACGUAAGCACACUGGUCAAAUGCCAUACCAGUGUGUAUUGUGCCCACGUAGGUUUAAAACAAUAGGCAACUAUAAAUAUCAUGUCAGGGUGCACACAGGAGAAAGGAAGUAUAGCUGUAGUACGUGCGGUCGCACUUUUAUCACUAAUGGGGACUUAAAACAGCACAUAGCAACACAUAGUGGAGAAAAACCACAUAUUUGCUCUUUAUGUGGUAUAAGAUUUUCGCGCGCCUCAAACCUAAAACGCCAUGUGACCUUUUUGCACAAUACUGAAAAAUCUUUGUCAUGCCAAUAUUGUCCUUCAAAUUUUGCCCGAAAAAUAGAUCUUGUGAAACACGAAAAAUGUCACAAAAAUAAAUAAUUUGAAUUCUAAUA